UCAUUCCAUAGGGACAGAGACAGGACAACGCAUUCUGACAAACUCUACAACAAAGGCUGUGGUCGAUUUGUAAGUCGCGCAGCAAUCUCCUUCACAAUGGCAUCACAAGUCGGCGGCAGCACGAAUGCUGCUUCUACCACCACAGAUGGAUACCAAGAACCGUCCGACGUUUUGAAACGUUUGUUCUUGCCCCCAAAGACGCCGUCUCUCGUGCUGUCGGGCGAUUCGCGUUGGCUGAUAUCGACCGAGGAGCCACCCCUGCCGUCGAUCGAGUUGCUCUCCAAGCCGGAAGAGAAAYUGGCGGGGUUGCGAUUCGAUCCGGUCCUGUUGGCACCCUCGCGUCUCCAAUAUUCGUUUGGUCUCAAGGCCCAGUACCUGUCACUACAACCGGYAGCAACGUCGACUUCGGAACAAGUCGAAAGCCCUUCACAAGUAGCGCAAGAAAUUCCCCUCCCGUCGGACAGCGAAGGCAUUCGCUAYAUUCGAUUCAAUCCAAAUCCUCCGGAGUACGCACAGCAACAAUUUGUCUUUGCGAGCAAAAAGAAAAACGAAAAUGUGUUGGAGCUAUACGUCUGCAAUUUGGUGGCCAAGAACGAACAAGAGAAUGUGCGCUGGACAGUGCACCCCGUCUCGGCACUGAAUGAAAGGCGAUUGAACUUCGUCAACGGCUGCGCCUAUCAGUUUUCCUCUGACGGAAGAUUCUUGUUGUGCAAGGUUGUUCCGGAGGGGCACCCGUCCGAAGCUCCUAUCUCGGAGUCGCCCGCAGGUGUCGGCCCCUCCAUCCAGACGGUCACCGAAGGCGCACGAAAGGCACCUGGACGAACCUACCAGGAUCUGCUGAAAAACAAGCACGACGAAGAAAAAUUUCGAUACUAUCUUACGACAGAACUGGUGAGCCUCGAGCUGGAGAAAAGUGCCACGAGCUACGACUCUGCCGCUGUCGUAACACAAUCCAGGGGUGGUUUUAUUCCCUGCUCCAUGGAGACCAGCCCGUGCGGGAGGUAUCUUCUAGUGGAGUCUAUCACAGAAUUAUCCUAUUCUGUUCCCUUUCGUCGCUUUGGAAAAGAAGUUUCUGUUUGGGAUUUGAAACAGAAUACAACCGCUACCAAUGAUAGCAUUCUAACCGUUGCAUCCAUUCCGGUAGACGAUGAAAUUCCAUUAAGCUACGACGCGUGUUCGAGACAUAAGCGUGGGUUUCGAUUCCAUCCGUGCCUUCCACACACCCUGAUUUACGCCCACGCGCUGGACGAAGGAGAUCCUGCAAACAAUCCGAUGGCGUGCGAAGACGGUAGCUUCCGCGACGCUGUUUAUACACAAGACAUCGUGCCCAACAAGUCUCCGGAGGAUGACGGAGCAUCUGUGCUUAAAGAGCCUGCCUUGUCGCUGCAAGAGCCCGUAACUUUGUGCCGAUUAGAAUGGCGCUAUGACGACAUCGACUUCACGGAAUCGGGGAUCAUUCUGGUAGACGAGUAUCGAUGGAAUGAUCGAAUGGAGCGGAAAUGGGGACUACAUCCAAAACCCACAUCUCCAGGUAGCAACAGCGGUACGACAAAGCAUGCAACCACCGACACCACAAAAACUCUGCUUUGGGAACGGUCGUGGGAAGACCGGUACUCGUCUCCGGGAACGCCGGUCCGAACACGAGGGCGGAACGGCAAGUAUUUUGUUCGCGAAGCAAAGAACACUCCGGGAACUAUCUUCUUGAGGGGAAUGGGAGCCUCUCCGCUUGGGGACAGACCGUUUUUGGAUCGCAUGGAACUGGCCACUGGUGCAAGAGAGCGACUCUGGAGGUGCAAGGCUCCCCGAGAGGGAGAGAUUCCGAAAAAUAAUAACGAUGAUGCUCCCUCUGAGGUAGGAGGCCGAACGCCCGCCCCUGACGAACGCGACGACGUGUACGAAACGUUUGUCGUGAUAAUGGAGGACCAAGAUUCGAUCCUGAUCAGUCGCGAGAGCAAAACAACGCCUCGGAAUUACUACCUAACGUCCUUGAGCAAACCAGGCACUGAAUCUACCGUCACUGCAUUUCCUCACCCCCAACCCGACUUGAUCGGGGUUUCAAAGGAAUUAGUCCAAUACAAACGAAAGGAUGGUGUGGACCUAACCGCAAACCUUUAUCUUCCAGCCGAUUACGAUGGAACCCCACGACCAACUUUGUUUUGGGCCUAUCCGAGGGAAUACAAAAACUCCAAGGCGGCAGGUCARAUCAAGGGAAGCAAACACAAGUUCGUUUCUGCUCACUGGGCAUCACCGAUUCACUGGACCGCGAAAGGAUGGGCUGUCAUGGACGAUUUCUCGAUGCCCGUUAUCGGAGAGGGAGAUGCACAACCGAACGACACCUUCAUCGAGCAAAUUGUUGCGGGUGCAACGGCGGGCGUGGAGUACGCAGUCCAGCGCGGGGUUUGCGAUCCUGACAGAUGUGCUGUUGGGGGACAUUCCUACGGAAGCUUUAUGACGGCGCACUUGUUGUCUCACACUAGUCUGUUUGCGGCCGGCAUUGGAAGGAGCGGGGCCUUCAAUCGYACCCUCACCCCCAUGUCGUUCCAAUCGGAGGAUAGAAGCAUCUGGGAGGCCCCGGACACGUACAUUACCAUGAGCCCCCUAAUGCAUGCCAAGAAAUACUCCGAACAGGACCGCGUGGGGAAGAUGUUGCUGAUCMACGGCGCCGAGGACGAAAAUUCCGGAACUUAUCCGCUCCAAAGCGAACGCUACUUUGCCGCCCUGAAGGCUUUUGGUAUCAAGUCUCGGCUCUGUGUGCUCCCUUAUGAACGCCACUCGUACCGGGCGAAAGAGUCCAUCCUACAUAUGGCCUGGGAACAAGAGGAAUGGUUGAGAAGUUUGGAAUAAAAACGGGCGGAUGGUGGCGAUCAAUUCUGACACAAACCCUGGAGAAAAACCAUAUGUCAGCAUAGGGGCUGCUGUUGUAUCUCGAGGUAGAACGAGUAACACGAACUGUUGGUCUUUUCUUCAGUAUUUGCACUUGAACUUCUGUUUUCUUGUGCCACAAUUAAAGCUUUUUGAAUAGUGAUAUGAACGAUCGGAAUAAUUGAAUCACUAAGACCUAAUAUAUGAUACAAUGAACG